UUUGCUACCAACCCCUAGAGGUAGCACAAAAAAUUCCCAAAAGCAUAGCGAAACGUCAAAUUUCCAAGGGUCAAAAUCAUGCAUCGCGCUUGAAUUUUCAUUUUUUAGUUUGUAGAACAUUUAAAAUACCCAUUUUUCUUUUGCAAAGUUGAAAAUAGACACUUUUUACCAUGAGUACCGACACAAAGGAUACACCAUCGGUAUCACCCGAAGACGUAGAAUUGGCCGAAACAUUCAAAAACGAGGCAAACGAGUAUUUCAAAAAACAGAGCUACAAUGCUGCCAUUGAACUAUACACGAAAGCAAUCGAAAAGAAUCCAAAUGUGCCCGUUUAUUAUUCGAAUCGAAGUUUUGCCUACUUGAAGACUGAAUGUUUCGGGUACGCGCUGAAUGAUGCCACCAAGUCGAUCGAACUCGAUCCGACGUACGUGAAAGGUUUCUAUAGAAGAGCUGACGCCCAUAUGUCUAUGGGCAAGUGGAAGUUGGCUCAAAAGGACUAUGAAUAUGUAACCAAAGUAAGACCAAACGAUAAAGACGCCAAACUUAAGUUAAAUGAAUGCAGCAAGGUGGUGAAAAAGUUGGCCUUCGAAAAAGCCAUCUCAGUAGAAGAUAAAAAGAAAUUUAUAGCUGACACGAUAAAUUUGGAUGCUAUGACAAUUGAAGAUAAUUAUUCGGGCCCCCAGCUUGAAGAUGGCAAAGUUACCGAACAAUUCAUGAAGGAAUUGAUGCAGUUGUACAAAGAUCAAGGAACGUUGCAUAGGAAAUUUGCGUUUAAGAUUCUGUUAGACAUCAAAAAGUAUUUCAUGGCUCAGCCGUCCCUGGUAGACGUGACAAUCCCCGAUAAAGAAAAGUUUACUGUAUGCGGCGAUAUACACGGUCAAUUCUAUGACUUGAUGAAUAUUUUCGAACUUAACGGGUUGCCCUCGAAGACCAAUCCCUACUUGUUCAAUGGAGACUUUGUAGAUCGAGGCUCGUUUUCCGUUGAAUGUAUUUUCACAUUAUUUGGAUACAAAUUGCUGUACCCCGACCACUUUUACAUGUCCAGAGGCAACCACGAAAGCGCCACGAUGAAUCAAAUGUACGGCUUCGAUGGCGAAGUGAAGUUCAAAUACAAUGCUCAAAUGGCCGAGUUAUUUACCGAAGUAUACAACUGGCUGCCUUUAGCUCAUUGCUUAAACAAGCGAGUACUUGUGAUGCACGGAGGGCUAUUUUCCCGCGAUGAUGUUACACUAGAUGAAAUUAGGACUAUCGAGAGAAACCGACAGCCGCCCGAUGAGGGCCCCAUGUGUGAAUUGUUAUGGUCCGAUCCACAGCCCCAAGAUGGGCGCGCGCCCAGCAAACGGGGCGUAGGAUGCCAGUUCGGACCCGAUGUUACUCACGCGUUUAUCAAACUGAAUAAGCUGGAUUACAUUAUUCGAAGCCAUGAAGUGAAGGACUCGGGGUACGAGGUUGCUCAUGAGGGGCGGUGCAUCACAGUGUUUUCGGCUCCAAACUAUUGUGAUACCAUGGGAAACAAGGGCGCUUUUAUAAAUCUAACUGGUGAAAGUAUGGUUCCUAAAUACAUUGUCUACGACGCGGUGCCACACCCUGACGUAAGGCCCAUGAUGUACUCCACCAAUUCAUUGAUGUAUCGACUCUGCUAGUACCUGCUAGUACCUGCUAUUUAAGCGUAGUCUAAUUUAUAGUCGGAUUAUCAAUCAAUCAAUUUUCUACACACACAUAUUAGGGUAAUUGAAUAAUUAGUGAAUAUUAAAAUUUCAGAACUUAAAUUUCCAAUUUGUUGGUGAUGUCAAUAAGUUUGUGUUAUACUUGCCAUCGCAAGUAGCUCUUUAUUUACACAAACUGAAAAUUGCGUUUUCUCCCAUCAUUAAUUAUUAUUAUUAUUAUUAUUAUCAUAUAGAACUUGCAUUGAACAAUUACACGAUAUAUAUCCGUUUAA